AUGGCUUCCAACAGUACGCGGUGGGGCAUAAUGGGCGCUAGUCGAAUUGCUCACGAUUUCAUGGUGGCAUUAAAAACAUUACCAGAAAUCGAACACACAGUAGUUGCAGUAUCCUCUCGUUCCCUAGAGAGAGCAACUGAAUUUGCAGUGAGACAUAAAAUCGCAAAAGCAUACGGUUCUUACAAGGAACUCGCGGAAGACGAAGAUGUGGAGGUUGUUUAUGUCGGUACUAUCCAUCCAGAGCAUGCACUGCUUUGUAAACUGGCACUUAGUCACGGAAAGCAUGUCCUUUGUGAAAAACCCAUUACCCUGAAUCUUAAGAACACCAAGGAAUUGUUUGAUCUGGCGAAGGUGAAAGGACUUUUCAUUAUGGAGGUGAGUCACAGGAGGAUUGGGGUGACGCGGUCAGGGAUGGGGAAUGUCUUUUUCCCUCCGACAGCUAUCGAAAAUUGUGAAAAAAUUAUAUAUUUCUGAUAAAAUUAUUUACAGCUAGAAGUAUGAGUCAGUUUCGCUGAUGAUCAUCCAACAUCAGGGUUUUCUAAUCAAAUGUUUUCUCUAAAAAUGACUAUUUAAAUUUCACGUGGUUUAAUUCAAAUGAAUCAGCAAGAUCAUUAGUUGUUUACUGAUCGGGGAUCAAGGGAUUGCAAGCUUGGACGCUCCACUAAAAGCCAAAAGCCUUCUUUGGUUAUUAAUUAUGACAACUGUGAUGGUACCCCUGUGAUGCCUAUUAUAACCCACAAAAAAUUUAUUUUUCCAGGCACUAUGGACAAGAUUUUUUCCACUUUAUGCGGAAGUUAAGAACCUGGUAGACUCAAACAUUCUCGGAGAGAUUCGAGUUGCUAUGGUUUCUUUUGGAAUAAGCGCAGAUCAUGUAGAACGCUUACAAGACCCUGCCAUGGGUGGAGGUGCACUUCUGGACGUAGGAAUAUAUUGUUUGAAUAUUGUUGAUAUGAUAUUUGGUGGUCAAGAACCUACAAGUAUAUCUGCCAUGGGUCAGAAAACACCAGCUGGUGUAGAUUCGACGGUAACAAUAACAAUGCUUUAUGCAGAAAACAGAACAGCUUCAUUAACCAUAAGCAUGGGUAAGUACUGUCAGCCAAAAACAUAGGGCUGAGUUGUUCAAAGCUGGGUUAAGAUAACCCCAGGGUUAUUGUGAAGUUUUUUUUCAGAUCUAAAAAGCCUUAAAAGGAAAUUUAGUAGGAUUCUUUUCGUUUACAAUCUGAUAAUUGGAUGCCCCACAAAGAAUACUUAGGUAAAAUUAUCCCAAAUAGGCUUUUGAACAAAGGAAAAAAGAAACCCAUAUUAUAUUUUAUCCAUGGGUUAGCGCUAAUCAGCCUUCAAACAACUGAGCCCAGUCAAAAAAGAUCACAUAUAUGCAGCUAUCUUGUUCCUGGAUAGUCUGAGAGAAAGUCCGAAAUUGAUUAUGUAAUGAAAUCAAAUGAAAAGUUAUAACUUUGGCACAAAAUCCAUGUUUCCCUUUUUUACUCACUAACAUCAGUAUGCCAGUAGGACCUGAUAAAGAGAAUUUGUUAAACAAUCAAGGGUCUCUUAAGAUGGUGGUCAUUUCCUUUAAUCUUGUGACCUUAAUAUUUGAUUAAGUGGUUAUAUUGUAAGAAGACAUUAGAUGCUAGUCAUUCUUAGGAGUAAAAACAUCAGGGAAAGCAAAAGUUGUGAAUUCAUCCUGGGGUAUGUUUAAACUGUUUGGAUUGUCUAUAGCAGUCAAUGGAUAACAGACGACUGGCAUUCAGUUGAUCGUAGCAUAUUUGUUUAUGUGAUUUUCAGCUGCUCAGCUUCCAAAUGAAGCUGUAUUUGCAGGAUCACAGGGAUCACUUACAAUUCAUUCACCAUUCCAUUGUGCAACCAAAUUUACAUCACCAGCUGGAACAAAAGAAUACCCUCUACCAAAGCCCAGUAUGCCUUUGAACUUCGUGAAUUCUACAGGAAUGAGGUGAGCUGAGUAAGCCCUGUCACUAUAAAGAGUUUCUUAACCCUUAGGUCCCACUAGUGACCAAUACAGAAAUUCUCCUUACAAUAUCAAUACAAUAUCAUGCAGGUAGGUGAUGAGAAAAAGAAAAAUAUUAAUGAUGGGAUUAUUAGUUGAUCUAAUACCAAAUUCUCUAAACUAACAUCAUAAGAAUUGUGUGGCAGACAGUAAGGAGAAUUACUAAUGAGAUCUUGGGAGUGAGAGGGUUAAGGUGAUGUAUCAAGUAUCAGCCCUUCAUCUUUCACUCCGAUGAAGGGCUUACACUCUAAACAUCAGCUUCUUUAGAAAUUUACCUGCUAUCCUCUUGGGAACAACAUUCUCACUUUCAAAGACAAGAGACAGGUGAUAUUGAUUAAUUACCCAAUUACCAUACAGGUGGAAAAGUUGUAGUUUUCAAAGAUCUAGAUUAUAAAAUGAUUUCUGCUAGCUGGAACUGUAUUUUAUUUUGUGUAAAGAGUACGGUAGUGUACUCAGACCAAAGGGAAAAACAUAUUAAGCUAGUUCACCCUUCAACCCCCAUAAGUGACAGACAGAAUAUCUCCUUACAAUAUCAACAAGAUAAGUAAUGAGAAUAAAAAAAAUAUCAAUUUGGGAAUAAGUUGAUCCAAUACUAAAUUCUCCGAACUAACAUCAUAAGAAAUGUAUGGUUGACAGUAAAGAGAAUAACAGAUUUGAUCUGGGAGUUAAAGGGUUAAAAUCAAUUUGACCUGAAAUUAUCUAUAAACCACGACAAAGAUAUAUAAGUCAGAAGUGUCAACAUGAACAGCACACUUGAAGUACAACUACUGUCUUUUCUACUUCUUCUUGCACUUCUAGAUAUGAAAUUGAAGCCGUCAGAAAAAGUUUAUUGUCUUCUGAAACACAGAACUCCACCAUGCCCUGGAGUACAACUGAAAGAAUUUUUCGUUGGAUGGAUGAGAUUCGCCGACAACUUGGAGUUGUUUACAAAGAAGACAUUUAG